AUGGCGUCGUCCUUGGUCAAACAAGAGUUGCCACCUAAAGGUGGUUACCCUGCUAUAGAAUACACCAGAAACCUGCCGAAAAGAGGUCCGUCUGGAUUAAUGAUAUUUGUUGGUGGUGCUGCUGUGAUGGCGUUUGGUUUUUAUCACGUUAUCAAGGGAAAUAGGCGACGCUGGUGAGUUAGUAUAGGUUGCUCGAUCAAAUAUAAGAUUCCAAGGCUUGGUAAAUAUUAGGUGAUCUUAUAUUGGUUUUUGCCUUUACUAGAGCUUUGUAUGAGGGUCUAAUUGUAUUAAGUAAAGUUUUCGUUUCAGAGUUAAGCAUUUUGUACUUUCUUAAGUUGAAAGUUGCGUGUUAUUGAACUGUUGAAUUGAAACAGUUGAUAUGAACGAUCGUGUUACUAAAUGCUAAAAUGGUACUAGCUGUAGUUAGUUUGGUUGUCUAAAUCAGCCAGACAACAUGGUGUUUAUUUCAUAAUUCUCACUUUUCAGUGAACUCAUGACAGAAAAAAUGAAUGCAAGAAUUGGAAUACUUCCACUUCUACAAGCUGAACAUGAUAGAAAGUAUGUAUUUUUACUUGUGUAUCCUGUAAAGCUCGUCAGAUUGACUAAAGUGUUGCUGGACUCAACACCUUUGGAGAUACCAGCCACUGGAGAUCUAAAUCUGGAGAUUGUCUCUUUUGCAGUACUUGCUCCCCCAGUACUGCUCUUCUACUUUGUCUACCAGACACAGAUGAAGUAAAAAGAAAUACCUCUGUGUUUCUGUUUAGGGUUUGAUCUGUUUGAUGUUGUUUCAUGGUCUUUCUUCUUCUUUUUUUUUUACGUCAUAUGUGUCCAGUACAUGAGAUAAAUGCUCAAAUCUGCCCCCUUCCCCCGAAAUGGUGAACCUUACGUGACACUGGGAGAUUUGAGCCAUAUCCCGGAGAGUUGGCAUAUACAUGUAUGUAACUUAGGACUGGUUCAGAUGCCAAAUUUUCCAUGGGCUGAGGCUUAUGCCUUAAAUUAUUUGGUAAUCUGGAAUGGCUAACAAAUUCUUCCCAGUUGGCUCUGCUGCGAUGAUCAUUUUUGAAUGGCUUUGAAUCAGAUGCUAAACUUUUCAUGCAGAGCCUAAUGCAUAAGUUAUUUUUAAAAACAUAUUUGGUUCAUUAAAAUUAAAAUAUUUUUACAUAGCCCUAAAUUUGAUUUGGGUUUGGCUCAUGGAAAGUUUGGUUUCUAAACUGUCUUAGGAAAGAAUGUGGUACUGUGUAAUUAUCACCUACCGUAUAUAUGUAAGUAAGUAAGUUUACCCUUAAUUUGAAGAUUAUAUAUCAACCGGUGAAGUAAUCUUGCAAAUUCAUUUUGUGCAUAAACAUGCAGGUUGUUUUCUAGUUGUGCUGAUUGAUUACUUUGUAGCUUGUGAGAACAAAGCAUGAAUUAAAAGGAUUGUGAGUUUAAAGAUGUAGCUAUAAUGUUUUUAAAUAUAAAAUUUUUGUUACCAGAUGUUUGCGAGCACUAAAAGAAAAUGAAGAACUUGAAGCACAAAUUAUGAAAGACGUGCCAGGGUGGAAGGUUGGAGAGAGUGUUUACCACACAGACAAGUGGGUUUCACCUAUUGCUGUACAAGUUAAUAAGCUUUAACCAGAGUAAAGGAUCGGAGCUAGCAGAUGCAGAAUAAACACUGUGGAUGUGCUAUUGAUGAGUGAGAAAUUUAUAGUUUUUGCAUGUUGUAGACAGUUUAACCCACAACUUAUAAAAAGUAUUUGUGG